CACUGGAUUUAUUGUGCGGUAAACGGACAACCCAAUUUUUCCAUAAAACCUUGCGUUUCAACGCAGCACAGUUCACGUCUAUUCUCAUAUCUCAAGUCAAACCGUGGUGUGAAACAGAGGACACAUACUGGACUUGGGGUGGAUGCCGACAACUGAGAGAAGAUUGUUUUUGGUUUAGUCAUCGGGCGACAGCAGGAAAGGUGCACGCGUUCAGAUGCUCAGCUGACCCUGGCUUUUUUCCCCCCUUGGCGAUAGCGGGAGAUGCUGCUGGAGUUGCUUUGGCGCCAUUCCGCUCUCUCUGUCUCUCUGCCUUUAAUCUUUCCAUGUUGGGACAAUACAUUUGGCGAAUGGAGAUGUGAAGAGGCUUAAAGUAUGGCAUGCAAAGAUGGUUUCUGCCAAGAAGGAGAUGGUAACUGCGAUGUACCCCAGUUACAUUUCGACUCUCUUCUACUUUUUCUGCUUGAUUGCUUGUGUAAAGAGAAUCUCUGGAACGAUAAAAAAGGAUGACAGAAUAUAUCCCGAGAAUUUCACACGCAUUUUAGACAGACUCCUGGACGGGUAUGACAACAGACUGCGACCUGGAUUUGGGGGUCCGGUGACAGAGGUGAAAACAGACAUUUAUGUGACAAGUUUCGGGCCUGUCUCUGAUGUUGAAAUGGAGUACACCAUGGAUGUGUUCUUCAGACAGACAUGGGUUGACAGGAGGCUGAGGUAUGAGGGUCCUAUUGAGAUCCUCCGACUCAACAACAUGAUGGUCGCCAAUGUGUGGACUCCUGACACCUUCUUCAGGAAUGGCAAGAAGUCUGUGGCACACAACAUGACUGCCCCCAACAGGUUGUUCCGCAUCAUGAAGAACGGCACGAUUCUUUACACCAUGAGGUUGACUAUCAGUGCAGAGUGUCCCAUGAAGCUUGUGGACUUCCCCAUGGAUGGACAUGCAUGCCCUCUCAAGUUUGGAAGCUAUGCAUACCCUAAAACAGAGAUGAUUUAUACCUGGACCAAAGGACCACAGUAUUCAGUGGAGGUUCCCCCAGAAUCAUCCAGCCUAGUGCAGUAUGAUCUCAUUGGCCACACUGUCAGCAGUGAGGAGGUCAAGUCAAUCACAGGUGAAUACGUGGUGAUGACAGUGCACUUCCACUUGAAGCGGAAAAUGGGCUACUUCAUGAUUCAGACGUAUAUCCCCUGCAUCAUGACAGUAAUCCUCUCCCAAGUGUCCUUCUGGAUAAAUAAAGAAUCAGUCCCGGCUCGAACGGUUUUCGGCAUCACCACGGUCCUGACCAUGACCACGUUAAGCAUCAGCGCGCGCCACUCCCUCCCCAAAGUCUCCUACGCCACCGCCAUGGACUGGUUCAUUGCCGUGUGCUUCGCCUUUGUCUUCUCGGCUCUCAUAGAGUUCGCUGCCGUCAACUACUUCACCAAUGCAGAGAUGGAGAGACUGAAAAGGAAGCCGCCAAAAUGCCCGCCGGCGCCCCAAACAACCCCAGUGAAAGUGAAGGAUAUGGAGGAAGUUCUGCAGCAUAACCCUGACACCAAUGGUAACCUGCGGAAACGGAUGAACUAUAUGUCCCAGCAAGAUGGCCAGAAAGCCGAGUCAAACAGCACAGCAGCGGCAAGAGGGGUAACCAGGAACCAACCCCAGUCUGGCCAAUCAUCUUCAUCUAAGGGGGCACCUGGCGGCGCCAUCAUCCUACCACACUCCAGCCCCGGCCCCGCCAGCCAACCCAACACUUCCUCCUUGACCCUGUCUGCCAUGAACACGCCCCUGGCUCCACCCACAAGUGAAAAAGCAAUGACAACACCAGCCAACCAGAGCCAGCCCACAGCUGACUCCUCGCUCCGGGACCUUCUAGGACCCAGACUGGAGCACAUUCAGAUGAUGGGCAAAAAUGAGCCCAAGCAGUCGCCAUGCUCCCAGCCGACCACCGCCAGUAUGGGUGGGACCAGUAAAAUCGACAAGUAUGCCCGCAUCCUGUUCCCGGUGUCCUUUGGCGCAUUCAACAUGGUGUACUGGGUGGUUUACUUGUCAAAAGAUACCAUGGGAGGCCAAAUUUAGAGGCCAAAUCUAGUUUCUAGCUCCUCUUGGGGUCAUUUUGGGAAUCCUUUUCUACAAAAUGUAAAAUGACAGGAGAAAAAGAGCUUUGGAGACAUGGGAGAUUAAAUCAUUUUUCAACUAACAAGGAAACCAAAUAUGCUGGACAAGAGCCUUAAAAAGAUUACACCCAGGAAUACUAAUCUCAGCACAUCUGUUUGUUUCAUUUCCGAGAGGUCUUCUGAGAAUGAGCAUGGUAACAAAACCAUAAAACCAUUUUUAAAAAUGUCUGAUUCAAACAAAUAUCACAACUAUGGCUAUAUCCAAUAUGCAAUACAGUAACGGUUUGUAACAGUUUGAUGGAUUGGUUAGUUGUUUUAAUGUUAGUGAGUGCAACACCUGAUCUUAGCGUAAACAGCUAAUAGGUCCCUCUAGUCUUGGCAGGCAUUGCUCCAAUGACAAAGGAUAAGGACAAUAUCACUGAAGACGAGCUGGACACACAAGUCGCAAGGUGUCGGGCAUAUGAACAAGAAGAUUUUGGGUGUACUUUCUCCCUUACUGAUGACCAGAAGUAAAUGACUGGGUAUGUUGUCAUUUGUUCUGGUAUCAAAAGUAGAUACACUUUUGUCCACUCAAGUCUAAUUUGCGCUCCCAAGUCUGUGCAGCAAACCUCGACCAAGCUUUGUUAAAUAGCAUAGAAUGAGGAUACCAAAUACCAUAGGUGCUGGCCUAUUUACUUCACUCAGUACCCUACAAACAACAUUUCCAGGGGGGUAACGUUCAUCUAAGCCCCAUUAGUUCCCUCCAAAAACAUUCUAGGAAGUCUUUGUUUGAACGUUCAACUCUGGAACGAUGAGCUUUUUUUUUAACAUUGUCAGUUUCUGGAACAUUGUGUACUAAUGUAUUCAAUCAAAAUUCUUCCUUCGUGUUAAUUUACAAAGGAACAUAUUGUAGGAACCCUUUGGUUUGGGAACGUUUCCUCUGAGUUCGGGAGUGUUUAUUUGUGAGCAAAUGUGGGGCCUGAUUCAUACGGUUUUGUCCGCUACCUGUUAUUGUUAUUGUGCAUCAUGUGUGCAGAGGAAGAGUCAUUCCCCAUAACCAAAUUCCUACUAUUAAAUGUAGAAUGCCGUGCACUACCAUGAGUCCAUCGGGACACGCCCAGAAGUUCUGUUGGUUACCCACUGGGCGCACGACGUCAUUUCAACAUGGAAAUGUUGGUAGUAUUUGGUUGAGACGUUGAUCAAUAAGAUUUCAACCUUUAUUCACCCACUCAAAAAGAAAGCCAUGAGUUUGUUGAAUUCCCAAUGUGUUAUCACUAUGCUUUUGAAAUCAUCUAAAAGCACAACCAAAUUCCAAUGGGAAAAACAAUGUCGGAUUUUUGGUUUAGUUGUCAUCUAAAUGUGUUAUUAGUGCACUUUCAGCCAUUUAAAAAGCAGAACAAAGUUCAAAUGAAAAUACAAUGUUAGAUGUUGUAUUUAUACAAGAACUUCAUGUGUUAUCACUGUGCUUCAUCUAAUAGCAGAACCGAAUGACCUGGGUUGCAGUUGAGAUGACAUGAAAAGUACAUGAUGCAGGUGAUGCUGGUUGAGAUUCUGCGCAGAUUAUUAUAGCAAUUGUGAAGAUCUCCACAGACCAGCGACCUUUGCAUGCUGUCUUGAACAUGCACGCUUUCUAUGAUUACAGAAGACAUUUAGUAACAGUAACCUCAAUGUGGCCAUGGAUGUGUUACUCAUAUUAGGUUAAAUAAAUACUGUUAC